ACAACCACCCGGUGCGGGAGCACCCGAGGGACACAAAGGGUAUGGUCCACCGGAUGACCAACCGGUCGAGUAUGACAUAAAGCGAUAUCCUGCCCAUAUCGGUGGUGGGGGACCUCCGCCACCACCGACCACUGCACCACUAGAUGGUGGUCCACUACCACUGAAGCUUGGCUUCGCGGGCGGUCCUGUACCUGGUGAACUCCCGGGAGGACCAGGUCCACUGCCCGGUAGCACCGGCGCCGCCGGAGGUCAUCUGAAACUGUCUCAGUAUCCGCAGGAUCUGACGGGUCUGAACCUGAAGUAUCCACCGACGGACGAACGGGGCAAGUUUGCGCCAUCGCCAGCCUCGGAUAGUGGUAGCGGAGGAGGCGUACCACCUCCACCACCACCCUCUGCGAUCGGUGCGGGUCCACUGCCCUUAAUGCCCAAGAGCCACUAUCCGGAUCCGGCACAGCUCAGUAUGUUGCGGCAGCACUACGAGCAAUCGUUCAAGUACGAUCCGAUGGCCGUCGUAAAGUAUGGUCCACCGGGAAUGCCACCGUUCGGACCACCGGGCCAUCAACCACCGCAUCAUCCGCAUCCGCAUGCACAUCAUCCGGGAUUGGGUGGCGGCGGUUCAUUGCCGCAGACGCAUCCGCAGGAUCUGAAGUACCUACCGCCGACCUCGGUGGAUGGUGGACCCCUCAAGUAUCCCCCGGCAUCGAAUGCCGAUACGCCGCCCUCGAGUGGUGGUCCAUUGGUGUUGAAGAACAGUUUCUCUGCCGAUAAUCUCAUCAAGAGCUCGUCCUCUUCGUCCUCCAGUGGAGGUGGCAACGAUUCGUCGAACAACCCGCUCGACGUGUCGGCGUCCUCCCGGUUGGCCGUCACACCGAACCAGGACAGCCAAGGUAGUAACAGCAGCUCGCAGGGCGGGCCACCGUCGUCGUCGGCCAUGCACGGUGGUGGUGGCGGUAGUGGUAGUAGCAUCGCUUCACCUCAAUCCGGUGGUCCACCACCAGCGUUACCACCACAUAGUGCGGCUUCCUACCCAGCACCACCGCACGGUGGACCGGCACCUCCUCCACCCUUACCACCACAUCCGGGUAUCGUGAAUCCGGGCUUGAUGCCGACGUUGCUCGGUUCCUCGGCAACCUCAUCACCCGUUCCACCACCGAGCGUUGGUCAUCCGGGCCUGGGUCCGGGACCGGUACCACCGCAGCUGUUACCAACACCACCCGGCAGCAGUCCCUACCAUCCAGCGAACAUGCAUCGGGGUCCACCAGGAGUAGGAGGACCACCAGGAGGGCCACCAGGAGGCCCACCACCAUCCUCGUCUGCUGCGUCGCUAAUACCAAGCUCAGCGGCCGCCUCGUCCAGCUCGUCGGGCACGACAUCGUCCUCUACAACAACUUCCUCCUCUACGACGUCUUCACCGGCGCUCUCCUCACUACACCAUCAUCCAUCGUCGAGGCCCGAUCAAAGGGAUCGUGACGGGGCGGUGGGACGGCCCGGUGGACCAGAGUUACCGCCGACGCGUGCCUCUCCCAUCAACUCCCUACUACAGGGCGUUCCGCCACCGCACGGUUUGCUGUCCCAUCCGCUUCCGCUGCAUCUCGGACACCCGGGAAUGCCCGGGCUUCCGCCGCAUCAUCAUCCCGCCGCUCAUCUCGCAGCCGGUCCGCUUGGACAUGCCGGUUUGCUGCCUCAUGGUCUCGCCGGUCAUCAUCCUGGUGCUCCGAUACCGCUGCUGAGUGGACCUACACCGUCGGCAUUGGGUAGCCUGAUGGAGGUGGCCGGUGCUGGGCGUCGUUCUCCGUCGUCGUCUCAGCAUCACCUACCGCCAACCUCACUGCAUCAACCGGUCGCUACGCACGCCCAGUCUCCAUCGACACCAACCGGUGGUGCCGGUGGGCCACCGUCGUCAAGCCUCAGCCGUGCCAGUCCCAGCGUACAACCACCGGGUGGGCCCGGUACACCCGGAUCCGGUGGAUUCGGUGCCGGUAGUGCCGGUUCUGGUGGUGGUAGCCAUCAUCAUCGUUCGGCGUCGCCGGCCAAUUCAACGAGCUCGUUAAGCCGCGCCAGCCCGAUGCACCUUGGCCAUCAUCCUUCGUCGGCAGCGGCCGCGGCGGCAGCCGAGCGGGAUCGGCAACUGAUGCGCCAGCAGAGCAGCCCUCACAUGACACCACCACCUUCAUCGUCCUCGGGUCCAUCGGGUCCGUCGUCUUCGGCGCUGAUCUCGAGUCCGCUCAGUAAAAUGUACGGUGGUCCGGGUGGUGGUGCCGGUGGUCAACGGUCACCGCCACCUUCAUCCCAUCCGUUCCGACCGGGCGCAUCACCGCCUGUGUUGCGCCACCCACAGAUGCCUCUACCUCUGCCAAUGACGGGCCCGAUGGCUGGCCUACCGGGCUCGGUGAUCGGUCACCCGUCCCAACCGUACCCACUAAUGCACCCGUCCCUGUUCAAUCCGCACCAUCACAACCCAUUCUACGCUCCCUACCCGUAUGGGCCAGCGUAUGGGCCC